AGCUAUGUUAUUAAGAGUAGAGCUUUUAUUUUUAAAAAGUAGUUGAAAAGCUUUGAAGAUACAUUAACAUUUAUUCUUAAAGUUUUCCACAAACACAUUUUUGGGUCAUUUAAUACAUAAAACAUUACUCCCCCUUAGUACCCCACUAGCUCUCCAUUCACAAAACAAGCCCUGAUUUAAUACAGCCUGGGGGAAGCCUGGGUGGUGAGGGGAGGGUGAGAUCUUACAACAGGUAUCUAACGAAUGUCAUUGAAAACAUCUGGAGUGCUUGCCUCCCUUCCCCGAAACAGAUGCGAGAACCUUCGACCCACUGGCCAGUAAGAGCAACUAACCUAAAACAAUGCCCUUCCCUCAUUGUCUCUCAAGGUCUUUUAGGAGGGUGGUUAAUCUAGCUGUAUUUCCUCUUCCUGUUCUGGCUGCAGGGAGGGACAAGAUGAGGUGAAAGGAGGCACACCUCCAAGGUCGGCUAGAGCCAUAGCAGAAGUGAAAAUCCUGUUCCAGCUCCUGCCACUUCAUACUACAAGCUACUUUCUCAGCCCUUUUUCCAGUUACCUGCUCAGCCAUCUGCCAGCAUCCAGCCAGCUAUGAAGCAUGAAUGAGAUGGGUUCUAGUAUCUCCCCAUCUAGGACUAGGAAUGCCCACCUUCCCCAUCCCCAGAUCCCCAAAACACCAGAGGGGACAAUAGAACCAUCCUUGCAUCUGCCCACAGAACUUCCAACUACCUUGGGUCAUCCAAGGGGAUGUCGUGUCACAUUGUUUUUCCAAAAAAAAAUAUAAAAGCUUUAAUCUCACCUGGCUACAAGAGGAAGGCUAAAUGGGAUUUUCAUGCAUUAUAAAGUGUAGGCAACCUGAAUUCUUUGGUGAACUCAAGUUGACAGACUUUUCAUCCAGUGGGAUUUUUAGGCAAAGUCCCUGCUGAGUUUUUUUAUUUUCUUAAACUGGAGGCAUUUCCUUGAACUGCAUGUUUUAGGGCUCUUUUUCUUUUUCCAGAAACCCAACCAGAAAUAAGCCCAAAAGGGGGAUUUAUUGGAAAUAAACUGUUAGCCCAGAGAAUUAAGGAAGUACUACAGGAACUAGAUUACUUUGGGGACUCGUGGGCUGGAACCAGGAACUCAGAUACUGUCUCUCCUCUUCCUCAGGGGCAGGAAGCUCCAGCAUCACAAGCUCUCAGCUAAAGCACUUCUCUUUCCUGGAUUCAGCUUGAGAGAGCUCUGGGAGAAACUGGCCAGGCUUGGGUCACAUCCCCACCUGUUGGACCACUCACGGUAGCCAGGAAUGGAUAGGUCUUUACAUUUAACUGUUUAAUCCAUCUGGAAUUGACUUUGGUGUGUAUAAGGUACAAACUCACAGCCAUUUAGGAUCACCGCUCUCAGAGUACUACUGCUACUUCGUAUUUAUAGAUUGCAAAUUUUUUAAGGAGCCAACCCUUUCCACAGAGAGGACUUUAUUCUCAUGACCACUGAAGCGGGGAGAGGGAAGAGGAAUAUGUCACCACUGCUUGAUUUGUUUACUCCCACGAGAAAUUAUGCGGAGUCAGGCUUCUUCCCCUGAUGCUGGCUGGAAAUCAAGUGGGCUUGGCAUCUCUGUACAGUACAGGCCAGACACUGGGCUGAGAGCUGUGACUGGUUAGAAAGGCAAGUAUAACCUGACCAGAUUGGUUCUGGACUCAGCCAGGUCCCCCUGUUGUUAGUUCACAGCAUUCUGAAGACCUGUCCACCAAUCACAGGGCUCCUUACUGGGUGAAAAAACAACUGCUAGACAUUGCCAGGAGCCCCUAGCAACACUGUGGCUUUUGAAAUCUGGAGGCGGAGGCCGUGCAGUCAGCCGAUAGUAGAGGAGGUUGCUGAUGCCUCAGGAAGAGACGGCUCUCAGGAUGGACACCCCACCCUCUGAAGAACCCUUAGAUAAGCAAAACAAAAAACUAGAAAACCAGGAAGAGGAGAUGGAGUUUAAGGAACUGGAUGGUCUGAGGGAAGCCUUGGCAAACCUCCGGGGACUGUCCGAGGAGGAGAAGAGUGAGAAGGCGAUGCUGUACUCCCGCAUCCAGGAGCAGUCCCAGCUCAUCUGCAUCCUGAAGCGGAGGUCGGACGAGGCCCUGGAGCGCUGCCAGAUCCUGGAGCUGCUCAACACAGAGCUGGAGGAGAAGAGGAUGCAGGAGGCUGAGAAGCUGAAGGCCAAGAGCCAGCAGGCCCAGAGGCUGGAGGAACGCUUUAUGACCCUGGCAGCCAACCAUGAGUUGAUGAUCCGCUUCAAGGAUGAACACAAAAGUCAGAACAUCAAGCUGAGAGAGGAGAAUGAGAAGCUGAGGAUGGAGAAUGACCACCUCUUCAGCCAGGCUCUGAAGGACCAGGAGGCCAAGGUAUUGCAGCUCACUGCCCGGAGUGAGGCCCUCACCCAGGAGCUGGAGUCUCUGAAGCAGAGGAGCGCUCAGGAGGCCUGCCAGGCCCAGGCCCGAGAGAAGGAACUGCUGGAGCUGUGCCAGAGCCAGCAGGCCUGCGCCCACACCAAGGACACAGAGCAGCUGUGCAGCCAGCUGCAGAGCCUCAAGCAGCAGCACCAGCAGGCCGUGGAGCGGAUGGCCAAGGCCGAGCAGGCACACAGCCAGCUGAACCGGGAGCUGCAGGCCAGGCUGCAGACCGUCACUUGUGAGAAAGACGAGCUGGUGCAGCUGUCCAUGGAGAGGGGCAAGGUGCUUCAGAACAAGCAAGCGGAGAUCCGCCAGCUUGAGGAGAAGUUGGAGACGGCCGAUGUGGCCAGGAGGCAUGCGCUAGAGCGGUUUGAACGAGAGGCAGUGGCCGUGGAUAGUAACUUGAGAGUCCGGGAACUCCAGCGCAGGGUAGAUGGGAUCCAGAAGGCCUACGAUGAACUCAGGCUGCAGUCCGAAGCCUUCAAAAAGCACAGCCUGGAUCUUUUAAGCAAGGAGAGAGAACUCAACGCCAAACUCCGCCAUCUCUUUCCAUAAGGAAGCUUCUGGUUCCUCUGGCCUCCAAUUUAGAAAUCAAGUAUUUGUGCCUUGUGGCGAGAGUAAAGAUGGGAUUCCGUUUAUUCUACUUUUAAGUACAAGAGACCACUCAAAGAAAAACUACUUUACUAUGAUAUUGUUGUUGCCAUUGCCCGGAUAACACUAAUUUUCAGUCCUACCACCUAGAAUACACGAGAUUUACCAAAUUUUUUUCUGUGCCUUUGAAAUCUUCCUAAGUUUGCUAUCAGUAUCUCCACCUCCCCCAUAACUUAUUCAUUCUCAACCUCAGAUAUCUUCAUGUGUCCUAAGUUUUAAAAUUAGCAGCCGUUAUGGACUUGAGUGAAUCUUCAAAGUGCAAUGGGAUGUGUUACUGUGAAAAGAAAAAAAAUAGCAUAAUUAGCCCUUGUAGAUAGGUAGGCUUGUAAUCUCCCGUAGUUGAGACUGUAAGCUAUAACAGUUAAUAGCAUAUUAAUAGCAUGGAUAACUUGCAGAAA